ACGGGGCGGGAUGAAAGGGGAGUGUCGGCAGUUUCUCUAUGACGCCGCCUUUGUGAUGUCACAAGUUUUGCAGUCUAUGAAACGGCUUAAAUUAAAGCAGAAAAGUCAACUUCUCCUUUAGGGAACCACGCCGGCAAAGUCCCAGCACCACACUGGACUCUGACUCUGUCAACGUUUUAGUUUCCUGAGCUUUAACGUUUGGUUGUGACAUUACCCAAAACUGCCAUCAUGGUCACCUUGACGCUGAUGUUCGCUUUGGUCAUCAUCAACUGUGUUUAUGGAAGACCUCCAUUACCUCGUCUGCCUAUGAAAGACGGCUGCUACGUGGCGACUGAAGAGGUGGCGUUAAUCCGAGGGGAGGGCGAUGCCAUCAUCCUCUACUUCCCCAUGUUUAUGCGAGCUCUCGAACUACGCAAAAUCACCCCCGAAACAACGCAGUACCUCAUCGGCAAGGAGAACGGGGACGAGGACUUCACGUAUGAGGGCGAGGGACGCGUCCAGCAACACAACGGGCAGCUGUGGUUCCUCCCAGCCCAGGCUUCAGACUCGGGGAAUUACACCUGCACCUACAGAAAUGAAACCUACUGCAUGAGAGGCAGAAUCACGCUACAUGUGUACGAGUUGACUCCAGGGAACGUCGAUAAACUGUCCUACCCGGUGUCAGCCAUGGUGGGAGAGGAGCUGAGGUUCAGUUGUCCAUCUCUAGAUAACUUCAACGUGUCAGAGAGACUGAUAAAAUGGUACAAGGAGCCCAGUCCUUCUGCUCUUCAGAAAGGCGAGGCUGGAUCCCUGUUCCAGGACGGAGGCAAACUAACCAUCCCUUCCGUGAGGCUAUCGCAUGCAGGAACCUACACCUGUCAGCUCAGAGCGCUCAUCAACAACCAGCGGUACAACGUCAGCAGAGUCAUCGUGCUCAGUGUGCAAGGCACAGACCCUGAAAUCACUACCACCAUUAAACCUAACUUCCCCAUGUCCUCUGAGCCCGGACCCCGAAUCAUCUACAGCACCAUCCCUGCUCCAGUAUUUCAGCCACCUAAGAUUGUAUUACCCAUUAACGGAACCGUUUUGGAAAGUUCACAUGGCUCAGGAGUGGAGCUGUUCUGCCACGUGCUCACUGAAUGUCCAGCGGCCGACUCCACCACGGUGGCCUGGCUGGUGAACGGCCAAACGGUGGAGUCAUCGUACCUCGACCCGCGGGCUCUUCAGGGCGGAAGGAGGGUAAACAGGGUGUCGACGGGCUGCCAGAUUGAGCUGCGGCUGGUCAUUGCAGGGAUAACGGAAGAGGAUGUGAACACAGAGAUGAAGUGCGUCGCUCAGAACAACGGAGGGAGGCAGGAAGUGGUUGCACUGCUUCAACUGGAGGACUCCACAUUCACCUGGCUGGUCGUAGCUGCCGUGGCCUUGACCUGCUUCCUGACCGUGGUUUCCAUCUUCAUGUACGUCCUCUUCAAACCUAAGAGGAAAAAGAAAAUGGAUUACUUUCUGGCUCGGCAGAGCAGCACCUUCUAGGCCUGCUAGUCUGCACACUCCCUUCACAAACAAAGACCUCCUUUAAUGUGUUCCUGUCCUGUCAAAUUGAGUCUUUCGUGCACUGUAUUCACGUCAAGCACCAGCACGUCGGGUCUGGUGUUUUACACUGUGUAGUAUGUGCUUAGGUGGCACUUUAUUGCAUUUGAUUCACCUACUGUAUAAAGUUGCAGCCACUGUGUAGUUUCAUGCAUCAGAAACUUGUCGUAGUGAACAAACAGCUGAUACAAAACCAUAGUCCUCAGAAUAUUCAUACAAAAGCCACAUAAUUAGCUGAAGCCGUGGUGUUAAGCUGGAAUGCAUCGUUUAGUUUAGUAUUAAAUCCUCUCUGUUGCUUAUUAAGAAAUGAUUUAAAUGAUCGUCUUUGUAAAUGUGAUCUAAAGCUGAUAUGUUGUUGUAUUGUUGUAUUGCUGAUAUGUUGUUGUAUUGGACUGCAUCCUGUACUCAGUUAGAAUAGUAUUUAGUGUGCAAUAAAUGUUCUCAGGGAAGCAUUUUGUAUAGUGUUUACGUUUCCACAUCUUCUUGAAUAAACUCUUAAAGCUGGCAAUCCUAAA